AUGGCUACAACUACUACGAAGAUCUUCGGCUUUGUGCUCGUGAUAUUGACGCUUCUCUUGGGACGUUCUUGUUCAGCGGCUGUCUACAAAGUAAAAAACACGAACUCCGAUGGAUGGAUUGCCAACAAAGACGUCUAUGAUUGGACCGAGGGUCAGGAAUUCUUCCACGUGGGAGAUUCUUUGUUCUUCGAAUACAAUCCCACCUUCAAUGACGUUACCCUAGUCUCCGACGCUUUAGAAUACGAUCUUUGCGACUCCUCUUCUCCUAAAGCUGUUUACAACACAGGACACGAUGUAGUAACCUUCACAGAACCAGGAUAUCACUACUUCAUCAGCUCAAAUCAAGCUCAAUGCACUUUGGGACAGAAGCUCGAUGUUCUUGUCGUUUAUGACCUGUCACUUCCCAUUCCUCCACCACAACCAAGCAAGAUCCUUCUGUCCGGUCUAAUCUACAGGGUUGGUGACUCGAGCGUUCCUAAAGAGAGUGACUUCUACUACUAUAAUAAGUGGGCUGAAGAUAAAUUGUUUCAUGUCAUAGAUGAUCUACAAUCCGGAAACGAAGUAAACAACGUCUUAGAGAUCAGCGGCGACCUAGAAUGUAUAUGCGGCGACCCGACUUCUCCCCUAGUUGUGCACAGGACAGGACACGAUCUCGUCACGCUCACCAAACCAGAAGCCUACUAUUUCAUUAGCUCAGAGACGACAGGCCACUUUGAGGCUGAGCUUCGAAUCAUUGUCGGACCAAUACCCAAUGCUCGGAAGGUGUCACCUAUAGUCCGUCUCACAAGGUGGUUUCGUUCUUUUAGACCUCAUCACCACUAA